CUCUUUUCAGAUCUAUCAAAGAACAGAUUAACGGAGAUUCCUACGGAGUUGUGCCAUUUUGUGUCACUGGAAACACUGAAUCUAUACCACAACUGUAUUAAAAUUAUACCAGAUGCCAUAGUGAACUUAAGAAUGCUAACUUACUUAAAUUUGAGUCGAAAUCAACUUUCUUCUUUGCCAGCUUGCCUGUGCGGUCUUCCUCUAAAAGUCUUAAUUGCAAGUAACAAUAAGCUAGGUUCCCUUCCAGAAGAGAUAGGUCAGCUAAAGCAGUUAAUGGAACUGGAUGUCAGCUGCAAUGAAAUCACAACUUUGCCACAACAGAUAGGCCUGCUGAAAUCUUUAAAAGAACUGAAUGUCAGAAGAAAUUACCUCGAAGUUUUACCCCAAGAGCUAGUACAGCUUCCCUUGGUGAAGUUCGACUUUUCCUGCAAUAAAGUGCUUGUGAUUCCCAUUUGUUUUAGAAAGAUGGCACAGUUACAAGUACUGCUGCUUGAGAACAAUCCUUUGCAAUCUCCACCAGCACAAAUUUGUACAAAGGGGAAGGUGCAUAUAUUCAAAUAUCUGACAGUACAGGCCUGUCAGAUUAAAACAGCAGACUCACUGUAUCUUAAUGCCAUAGAACAGCCACAUUUGCCACAACCUGUGGAAGAAAGCAUUGAUGACCUCUACCCAAGUAAAAAGGACUCGGAUUCAGGUGUUGGUAGUGACAAUGGUGAUAAGCGUUUGUCAGCAACAGAGCCAUCUGAUGAAGAUACUAUCAGCUUUAAUGUUCCAAUGUCAGACAUUGUGGAAGAAGAUCAGGUUGUAAAGGAAGAUUCAGGUCACCAUGCUAACUCAAGAAAAGUGGAAUUCCAUCAGGGAUCUUCUCACUUGAUUGUCAAUGAUAAAUCAAGAGAGACAGGAAUCCGGCUUGAUGAAUCAGAUGCUCUUACUACAGAAUUUAUGAGCUACAUUAAGAGCAGAGCAGCAGAGUGUGAUGAAUUACUGAGAAUUGAAGAGGACGCACAAUGGCAAACAGAAGAAAUAAUAAAUAUGUCAGAAGAACAAACUAUUGAUAUAGCAAUGAUAGAACAACUAAGAGAAGCAGUAGAUUUGUUACAAGAUCCCAACAGAUUAAGCAUGGAUAUUUCAGAAAGCAGUGAUGUGAAUCUGUAUCCCAUGGAACCAGCAACAGCUUUAGAGUUUCAGGAAUCUACAGUAAACAGUCAAAUGCAGAUGGAGAUGUCCUCCCUUGGCCAGAAAGAAAAUGCUGAAGAGGAACUAGAAUUUCAGAGGAGGAGGGAAUUAAUUAUGGAGAAAGCCAAGAAUGAAAUGAGAACAUGUGAACAGGGUGAAAAAUGGUCAUUGAAUCAGAAUGAUGUAAUUGUUUGGAAUACAAGUGGCCAACCCUCUCCCAAUGAGAACAAAGAUAAAAGUCCAACGCUGUCUCCUACUACAAACAACACAAUCCCUUUUGGCCUGAAGCCACGAUCAGGUAUUGUAGGAAAGAAAAUCAAUCAAUUUUUGUACUUUUUCACAUCUGUGCUAUUAAUAGAUACUUGUAUUUUCAUUUUCUCUUACAAUUCAGUGAUGAAAACACUUUCUGUAUUCUGAAGGCUAGAACACUGUCUAUAUGUUUGACUUGAGAUCAAAUUUGUAAUAACUCUGUUUAAUGCAUUUUAUGUACAUCAGUUUUUACCCCUUUCUGAUAAAUCAGGUGUUUUAUUAAUUAUAUUUAUACACACACACACACAUUUAAAAAGAAGCACAUACAAACGCACAUUUUAUACAUGUAUGGGUAUACAGUAUGAUAAAAUAUGUUGGUAAAUAAUAUGAGAAUAACCAGACUUGUUUAGAAAAUGCUUAUGUGUGAGUCUCUCAGUAGUUAUAAUUGUGUAAGGAGAAGUGGUUUGAGGAAGAUCAGAUGUUUUCUUCAGCCUGCAAAUGAGUUUAAAGAAUUUGCAAUGUGCCAAAUCUGUAUUGCAGAUUCACAUGCAGUUUAUUAGAGGGGAGGGAAAAAAGUAGGACGAAGUCAACAAAAUAAACUGUAAUGUAUUUGAGGGCUUCCCUUAAAAGCAGGGUAUGUUACAGGUAAACUCUGUUCUUACCUUCUGUGUGCUCAGGUGGUCAGUAUUGAUUGUCAGUGCUGUUAAGUCACAUCACCUCUAAAGAAUAACCUUAAUAUUUUAAGUAUGCUUCAGCAUUCAGUGGCUGUAAUUCUGUUUUCUCACAUUCACUACAAAUGCUUUUAGUCGAAUGCUGGUAAACCACUACAAGCUUGUAGCUUCCAUAACAAAAUACCUUGGCAAUAAUGGCAGCAGUUUCGUAUUUGAAUGUAGUUUAGGAAAUUGUACCCAUAGAUUUGUUUUUAAGGUUUACAGAGCAAAGAAAGUGUUAUUGAACAAACCUUGCUUCGUAAAGAAAGCAUUUUAAAUUUCCUGCAUUGUUAUAAUAUAGAAGUUGGGCAGAUCUGUUCAUUUCAAUUUCAUAGUAUGUUGCUAAACUCUGACUAUUAUUUUUCUUCCUGAUGCUUCAGAAGAAUUAUUUCUUAACAUACAAAGUAUGGAUUAAAUGAUGAGCAAAAGGGGCCUUUCAGGACUUGAAAAAACAUGAUUUGAAUAAUAUUGUUCAGUCCAGUGUCAACUGCUAGGAGAGAUACAUGCAAAGGCAAUGUCAGAAUACAGACUUUCAUAGGAGGUAGCCUGCGCUCUGCUGAACUGCCAGUGAAAUUUGCUGCCAGGAACUGGAAGCAGUAUUGUAGAAUUGAAUGAAAGCAAGACUAUGAUUUUGUAUUCAGGUUAGUUUAGCACACGUUUCCUAGUCUUGGCAUAUCAGUUGUCUCAAGACAUUCUAUAUCCAUUGACUGUAAUACAUAAAGAGAAAAAUACACUUUCCAAAAAUAGCAUAGCUAAUCUUUCUUGGAGAGUUUCCAGAAGGACUGGAUUGCAGGGGUUGCAAUGUCCUGCAACGUUCCUACAAGACUAGUGAUGGGAGACCCAGACCUGCACAACUCCUCCAGUUCCCCCAUGUAUAUUGAAACACUGUAACCUCAUUAAAUACUAAUGUCAGUUGAUUAUAAUCUGCUAUUUUGCUGCUUUGUACCAAUACAAAUUUAUAUAUAUAUAUUUGAAUCACUGACUAUGCCAGUACUAUAAUGUUGUUUGGUCACAGCUGUGGGAUAUAGAAAACCCAUUUAUCUGGAUUUGUUUUCCUUUCCAUUAUCGUACACUACAGAACCACCAACUGAGAGCCAUUUCUGCAGUCUUUUACCUCAUUGCAGUGCAGUUUCAGUGAUGUUGCCUUAGAUUUAUACUGCAGUAAGGCAGUUGAAUUUGACAGUAGUAAAACUUGAAGUCCGACAUCAGAUAAAACAGCAGUAUAUUAGCUAUGUAACAGUGUGGCAAAAUAAAACCUUACAAUGGAGUAGGGAUACUGCAUAUUGUUUCCUCCCAUCUUGCUGCUCUGUAAUUGCAGUAGAAAUAGUAUUUAAAUUUAUUUUGCCAGCGCUAAGAAAAAGAUAUAGAUAAAAAUAGUUUGCAGCUCAAGAUACUGGCAUAUUUGUGAAUCCUGCACAUUUUUCCUGCCAGUUUGCCACAGCUAGUUCCUUCACUGUUACAGCUUUUUGUACAAGUCUUGUGUGAGUUUGAACCAUUCUCUCACUGUCUUAAUUUGUUCUUCUUAACUACACACUGCCCCAAAGCUGAGCUGUCUGGUCUAGAGGUCCAGCAGUUCUGUGAUCCAGAAAAGUUUUUCAGCAUAGUGUAUAGUUUAUUUUGAUAGCUUUUUUAUUCAAGUUCUUCAUUACCUUAGGGAAAAAUUUAGUAGAGCUCACUGGAGACAGUUUUUCCAGGAAAAUGUAUGCAAACUUAACUUUCUGAAAAUGGAGAGCUUAUUUUCAGUUUGUUUUCGUCUAUUUUUAAUGAAUGUUGCUUUCUAUUUGACUUUGUUCCCCUCAGUGUUUCUUAAUGACUUAUGUCUCUUCCAAAUCUGAAAGUAAAACAUUCUAGAUUUCUGGUAAUGCU